AUGAAGGGCGAAGAUGAUUAUGCCCAAACGACAAGAAAAUCUGUCCAGGUGGAAGAUUUUGAGUUAAAUGACUUCGAUGAUAGCACAGCAUUCCCUUUGAUCAACUCAACUUUACCGAAAGGUGGCGAUGAUAUCCAUACAGAGCAAGCUUUUGAAAUUGAUGAAUCCGGUAGUGAGUUGCUGCGCAAGACAUGGUACGAAGGCGAAGAAGUUGUGCUAUAUCCUGCCAAUUAUGAAAAGGUGUCAGUCGUCCGCCUACAAAUCGCGACAUGUUUGGUAUUAUUCGUGAUGUUUGGUAUGACGGAUCAAGUGAAUGGAUCUUUGAUGCCUGUUAUUACUAAGUAUUACAAUGUCACCGAGCUUCAAAUGUCGAUAGUGUUUUUCCUUCAAUUGAUGGGCUAUGUGUCGGCAUCGGUCUUAAAUGAUAUUUUGCAUAAAAAAUGGGGGUCUCGAGGCGUAAUGACAGCAUCAUGUAUACUUGCUGCAUUUACCUACUUGGUUCUUGCCCUAAAACCAUAUUCGCUCUAUCUUUAUGCGAUAUGCUUCUUUCCGCUAGGUAUGUGUGUUGGGUUUGUUGACUCUACAGGUAAUUUCUACUUUGGUAAUUUAGAGACUAGAAAGAAUGAAUGGAUGGGUUUGCUUCAUGGAAUAUACGGGUUGGCCGCUGGUGUAACCCCACCAUUAGUUACAACCUUCGAUCAUUAUUUGGAUUGGUCUUAUAUCUUUUGGGUCCCUUUGGUGUUUGCUCUUGUGGGGUUGGCACUCUGCAUGGGGGCCUUUAAAUACGAAACUGCUACCAAAUACAGAUACAUCUGUGUAGGAGUCCCCGAUGAAUCAGGUGGUAUUGAAAAUGAGGAAGAGAUAAAAUGGUACCAGUUAUCGAAGUAUCCUCCGAUGAUUUUCUUGUAUGCAUUUUUCUUAUUCUUGUACUUAGGUACAGAAAUUGGUGUUGGGACAUGGCUAUUCACAUAUUUGUUGAAUUAUAAGAAAGGUGAGAAGUUCCUUAUGUCAUUUGUUACUGCGUCAUUCUGGUCUGGGAUCACUAUCGGUAGAUUAGGUCUUGGUUUUGUUACAAAAAGGUUCAAAAAUGAAUACAGGUCAAGCGUUUGGUACGGUUUGACUUGUUCAUUGUUUUUUUUCCUAUUCGUUAUCAUCAAUCUAAUCAAUUCCACAUCGACAUUCUAUUUCUUUGUUUUAUCGUUGAUGAUCUUUGGCGCUGGUAUCUUCAUAGGUCCCUUGUUCCCUAACGCAAGUGUUGUUGCAAUCCAAAUCCUACCGAAACAUCAACAAGUUAGUGGUAUUGGUACAGCAAUCGCUUUCGGAGGGUGUGGUGGUGCAUUAAUAACAUACUCUUUUGGGUUUGCAAACAAGAUUUUUGGGUUCCAAUACUAUCCAUUUCUAUGCUUCCUUGGUUCUUUGGCAUUCAACAUAGUUUGGAUGCUCUACCCGAAAAUUAUCAAAGGACAUAGAGAGUACUUAUAA